AAAGUUUUAUUUAUAUUUUAGCUUGAAGCUGGUGAUAUAAUACUGAAAGUAAAUGAAAAGAAAGUUGUAUCUCUUACAACGAAAGAAGUUCUAAAGUGCCUGAGGUUGUCUAAUGAUGUAGUCACAAUAACAGUAAAGAAAGACUCCAUUAUUAGAGAUAAAGUCAAGAGACAUAUGGCAGCAUCAAAUGAAGCUUUACGGAAAAAAUCUGAAUCUAAUGAAGCUGCCACAGAUAGUAGUUCAAACCUCAAUAAUAUUCAGCUUGAAAGCAAUGGUAUCAAAGAAAAUGAUGAAAACAUCCCCCCACCAACCUGUGAAAAUGUAUCUAAUAAUGUUGUGCAGAAUGGAUCCAAUACAGAUAAUCUUAAGUCAAGUAAAUCUCAAACCAGGCCACAACAGCCAAGGGUUGAGACUUUUGUGAUGACUGGUGAUCUUAUCAUCAAUUUAAAUUCCAAAACUUCCAACCUGGGAACCAAGAGAACUGAUAAUCUUCCUUUCGGUCAAAUUUCCACUCCUACUAGUCCUGAAGAAAUUGAACAGAGAUUAUACGGGAAGGGUGUCAAGAGAGAAUCAUCAAAUUAUAAAAGCCCUGUGGCUGAGAAAAAAGGUAAUUAUAGUUACAGUACAAGUUAUGUACGAACUUCCAAAAGUGAGGACCAUUUGCAAAAAGCUUCUUUAACUACUGUAAAUAUUGAUGUUGAAGAUGAUAUAGCCUCUUCCUUAAAUACAUUAUUGGACACUAAACAAGAUAAUCCUGCCAAUGAAAGGAUUGUUUGGACUUAUAAUGCUCCAGUAGGUGAAGAAAAGUCACCUUCUCCUCCUUAUAGCACAUCUCCAACCUCUCCUAGGAGCAUCUCAUCAGCUUCAAGUGCAACAGAGUACUCUUCCAAGCCAAGCAGCCCAAAAGACAAGAACUUUCCUGAUACAAAAAAGUUAGCCAUUCCACACAUUUAUAAAAAAUAUUUUCAUCAAACAUUAAACAGCUCAGAAAGGGACCAGUGUUUUAAUAAUUUGCAAUAUAAUUCUUCAAUGGAAAGAAUUUCUUGUGAAGAAAAUUACAUUGAUAGUGACGAAUCCAAGAUGGGCAACAGACAAUUUGUCAUCUGUGAAGAACUAGUCAAUAACAAUCAAGAUAAUAUAAAUGAAAGGUUAUCAAUAAAAGAACAGCAUAACCAAACUAAUAUGCAAUCAAAACAAGAAGGUGUAACAAAUAUUGUGGUUGAUGAAAAUAAAAUCUAUGUACAGGUAAGUCCAAAUGAUACUAAUGAGGAUUCCAUUCCAAAAAAUAUAAAAAAUGAAGGAAUAGAUAAUAAGAUGGGAAAGAAAAAUUCUCAGCCAAUAUGGCUUAAAAGAAUAGACAAUGAAAAUCAGAAAGAAUGUGAUGGAAGUUCACCAGAUGAAGAUUCUGUACAUAGUUCUUCUCCACCAAUGGACGAUGAAUCUGAUAUUGAAAGUUUACACAGUUUUCACUACAGUCCAAAAGCCAUAGACAUGCCAUCUGCUUUUCGGCUUGCAAAAAGACUGUUUCAUCUAGAAGGUUUUAAAAAGUCUGAUGUUUCUAGGCAUCUUUGUAAAAAUAAUGAUUUCAGUCGAGUAGUUGCUGAAGAAUAUCUCAAAUUCUUUGAUUUCUCGAGUGAUAUGCUAGAUAUGGCACUUCGUAAGUUUCUAAAGAAGUUUUGUUUAAUUGGAGAAACUCAAGAAAGGGAAAGGGUUCUAGUUCAUUUUUCUAAAAGAUAUCUUGAAUGUAAUCCAGGAGUGUUCAAAUCACAAGAUGCUGUCCAUACAUUAACUUGUGCUCUAAUGCUCUUAAAUACAGAUUUGCAUGGAGAAAAUGUAGGAAGAAAGAUGACAUGUGUGGAGUUCAUCGAAAAUCUAAAUGAAUUGAAUGAUGGAGAGAAUUUUCCAAAAGAAGUACUUAAAUCCCUCUAUCAUUCUAUCAAAUCUUCUUCAAUAGAAUGGGCAACCAGUGAAGAUGAUGAUGACAUUCCACCUCUUCCGGAUAAUCAAGCAGCUAGUCCAGAUAAUAAAGGAUUUAUAGGACACAAUCCAUUUCUUGAGAAUGUAGGAAGAAAGAUGACAUGUGUGGAGUUCAUCGAAAAUCUAAAUGAAUUGAAUGAUGGAGAGAAUUUUCCAAAAGAAGUACUUAAAUCCCUCUAUCAUUCUAUCAAAUCUUCUUCAAUAGAAUGGGCAACCAGUGAAGAUGAUGAUGACAUUCCACCUCUUCCGGAUAAUCAAGCAGCUAGUCCAGAUAAUAAAGGAUUUAUAGGACACAAUCCAUUUCUUGAGACUUUGAACUUUGUGAUUCCUAAUCCCAAUUGUGCUACUGAAUAUAAGAAGGGCUAUGUAAUGAGAAAAUGUUGUAUUGAUCCUAAUGGCAAAAGAACUCCUCUUGGGAAAAGAGGUUGGAAAAUGUUUUAUGCUACAUUGCGAGAUUUAGUUUUGUAUUUACAUAAGGAUGAAAAUGGAUUUAGGAAAAAUCAACUGUAUGACAGUUUGUACAAUUCUAUACGAAUUCAUCAUGCUUUGGCCACUAAAGCAUCUGAUUAUACGAAGAAGCAACAUGUAUUUCGUUUGCAGACUGCUGAUCAAGCAGAAUAUUUAUUUCAGACGAGUGAUUCUAAGGAAUUGCAGAGUUGGAUAGAUACAAUAAAUUUUGUUGCUGCUAGUCUGUCCGCUCCUCCUCUAGCCUGUGGUGUGGGAUCUCAAAAAAAAUUCCAGAGGCCACUGUUACCAGUCAGCCACACAAAACUAAAUUUUAGGGAGCAGCUACAAGAUCAAGAAGACAACAUCGCCAGAUUGGAAAAGGAAUUAGAAGAGCAUUUGUCGCGCGCACCCGAUCGCGGUGCCAAAUCCAGACACGUGCACGAGUUUGCCGAGAAGGAAGCUUACCUGCAAUAUGAGUUGAAAAGGUACAGGACCUACGCCUUCUUGCAGCGAUCGAAAUUGGCGCAGUAUCCGGAGUUGGAACCUCCCCUGGUGGAGACGUCCAUAGGAGAAGUAGACGAACCAGUGGAGAAGAACGAGCGAACUCUGCCUAAUAGCUACGACCAUCCGCCCUCGAUCCUCCCCGAUUUGACCCACGAGGUCAAGAGGAGUCUGUCGGACCGAUUCAGCUACCGGGCGGCAAUUUACAAGAACAGUACCGGCGAGGGUUGCGUGUAGCGCACGUCGCCUCCGUCGCGCGAUUCCGCGCGCGGUCGUGGGCGGUUUAAUAAAUUACACUAUGCUCAUCUAGUUAUAAAAACAAAAACAGAAAACUGAACUCCGGCGAAUGUUUUUCGCCGUUUCGUGCGGCCCCAGCCGAUCGUAAAGUGCCAAUAAGUAGAAAUAUAAAAUUUCCACGCCACCUGUUUGGACGUUCCGUUUCGGUUUCCCGCGCCAUGUUUAUCAGGCUGGCGAUAGGGAGAGCGCCACGCAACAAUGUUGUGGCGAAAGGAUUUCUGUGCAAAAUUUACUAAACAUAUCUGGACGUAUGCGGGAGUCGAGGUCGGCCCGAUGGCUGGUCGAAUUUUUUUUGUAAAAAGUAGUUUAGCGCGUUCCAUUUUAUACUCGGAAAUAAAACGGAGCGUCAUGUUUUUUUGCUCCGUGCGCGCGGCCGUUUCGGCCCCUUUCACCGGGGAAGAUUCUCCGUUCUGUGCGAGACUUUACGCAGUUUCUGCAGCUAUUGAAGCGGCGUCCGAAAGCGUUAUAUCGACGUAUUUAUAAAACAAACACA